AUGCCACCGUCGGCAAAGAGAGCCUCUAGGGCUCGUCGCGAACCGCGUAAAGCCGUGACGUCCAACGCAGAUACAUCACCAGGCGACGUUGAAGAUUCCUCCCCCAGUCGUCCUGCAAAGCGUCGUAAGAAGGUCCAGGAAGAUGAAGACCCCCCCGCGCCCAACGACGAUCAACUCGUGUCGCAAAUCACACAGCAUCUCAGAAGUCAGGAAGUCCAGGCCAGCAAGGAUCACGCAAAUGUCAUACACGAGGCCAAGGGCGACGGUGUGAAAGCCUAUGCCAAAGUGGCUGCCCAGGACUGGACCUUUUAUAUCACCAAGCUCAACGUUAACAUAGGUCGAGCUCCUGAGACGUCACAUAACUCUCAGACCGCGGGCUCCGACGGAGAUGAGUCCUACGUCCACAUCGACUUGGGUCCUAGCAAGAUGGUAUCGCGAGAGCAUGCAACCAUAUCAUUCGAUUCCAAGGACGAGAAGUGGUUCCUGCAUGUCAAAGGCCGCAACGGUGCCAAGGUGGACAGCCAGCCCGUUAAGGCUGGACAGGCUCAUCCUCUCACAAGCGGCGAAGUCAUCGAGAUUGGAAAUGUCGAGAUGAUGUUCGUGCUUCCGUCCGAGAUAACUCCACUGACUGUGCAUCCCAUCUAUUUGCAACGUGCUGGAGUCAGUGUUCAUUCACCACAAUCUCGUACUUCGCGCCGACAACCCCUCAUUGCACCGGCGCCUCCGGAAUACAAACGCCCGGGCACGCCGCCCUCGGCCCAGAGCACUGCCAAAUCACCGGCUGCAAGCACGCCAGCCGUCAUGGUUGGUGCCAAUGGUGUAGAUCUGAGCCAGGAUGAGAACCAGCAUAUCAAGCCUCAGUAUAGCUAUGCUCAAAUGAUUACACAGGCGAUCCUGAACGCACCUGACGGGAAGCUGAAUCUGAACGGGAUCUACACUUACAUCAUGAACACAUACGCCUACUAUCGCCAUCAACAGGCUGCUGGCUGGCAGAACUCAAUUCGUCAUAACCUUUCCUUGAACAAAUCAUUUGACAAGGUUGCCAGAUUAACCGACGAGCCUGGCAAGGGAAUGAAGUGGCAAAUUGUCCCAGAAGCAAGAGAGGAGAUGAUAAGAAACGCCUAUCGCGUUGGUCGAGGUGGUCAUCGUGGUUCAUCUGCCCCCUCAUCCCCAAACCAACUUGCCUACAUCACACAUGGCCCAAGAGACAUGGCCUCGAGAGAACCUCCCUCUGCCCGCAGACGAAAGGCAUCCCCUCCGGCAUCACCACAGCCACCUGGUUCCUCUCUGCUAAUUCCCCAGUCCACUCCUGAUCGAUCCUUUGGUAGAAACGCGACCAUGAUGAUUGAUGGUAGCCCAUUACCGCGUCCUAGGAAGACGCCAGCGAGAGACUCAUCGUUUUCAGUGUACAACCCUCAGUCACCCACGCUCACAUCUUCAUACCAGGAGGACGGAGGCUCAUUCGUCACCCCAGCACCGCCCAGGAUGCACCCGAAGCUUGCUCCUCCAAGCACAGCACAGAGACCAAGUCAACACAUGCCCACCAGCUCACCAGCCCCUUUUUGGAAAUACGCAGACAUAGGUAGCACACCAUUGAAACCUCUUGGUGGCUACGAUGUCAGUCCUACCAAAGCUGGAGGUGUUCUCCCCCCGCAGAGUAGCAGUCCGCCAAGGGGAGACAAGUCGCCUCUUAGCAGUCCUUCUCGACCUCAAAAGUCAAGUCCACAGCCUAUUGCUCAACCGGCAGAGGCCGAAGAAGAGCACGGCUUUGAUUUAACAAAGGGGUUUCAGAGUAUCGGUGCGUAUCAUGCACCAGUCGGCGGCGGGGCUUCUAUCUUGCAAGGCCGUACUUAG